CACUUCCCCCACCUUCUGCAUCCAUCCAAGGUCCACUCUCUCUACUCCCCGUACACUUUACACUUUACACUUUACUCACUGGCAACUGGUAACUGGCAACUGGUAACUGGCAACUGGUAACUGGUAACUGGUAACUGGUAACUGGUAACUGGUAACUGAUUCAAUAUAGCGAACUGGCUGCCUAACCGAUAAUGGAAUCGGCAUCUCAAAAUGAUCGCUCACUAUGGAGCAAAAUCCCUACGAUUCCACUCCGGGCCAUGAAACAGUCACACCACCUCUGUUCCCUCCAAGGCCUGAUCUAUACGAUGAGGUUGGAUGGACACCGCAUCUGAGUAGAGAUGAUGCAAAGAUUGCCCGUCGUUUCUGGUCACUUCCGGACUCUUUGCUUGGACGUGGAUUGGGAGAACAGUCUCCUUCCCUCAGGCGCACUAGCGGCGAAGAAUUGCAAGCACAUCCGUUGCAUGCACUGGCCAGAAAUGUCUAUAACCACAUGGUGCGAGACCACCUUAAGCCACUCGCACCCGGAGAUUGGGUGCAGAGAUGGGCAGCUUCUGGACUGCAAAACCAAACCUGGUCAUUCAACGACAUCUUCGGGGGCCAAGGCUUUGACCUUGGGGCGAUAACGGAGGAUCCUAAUCGUGUGGCCGGACAGCUCAUUUCGGCCAUGAAAGUCCAGCAGCUGAGAGAUGCGCUCGAAAAACGAAACAUCUCCAAUGUAGGCACAGCAGCCCAAUUACGCCAGCGUCUCCGGGACGAUAAACGCAAAAUUUAUCGAAAAUACCGUGUCUUACCACGAAGUGACCUGUCCCACUGGGGGAUCCAAAGAGGUGAUACCGGCAAGUACGCUAUUGAGAUCACGGACGAGAAUGAAAUAGGGCCCCUUGACAUGUACACUUGCGCUAUCCUUGUCAGCCCAUACAACCCGACCUAUUGGCUGAGUCGGGCCUAUUGCCACUAUCAACACGCCUUCUUCGAUCUUGCUGUCGGAGAUGCUUAUCGAGCGCAGCUACUUUGUGAGGUGCUCGUGGACCCCUCAUGCCGGAACCGCCAACCUGGGCUCUAUACUCGGACGUGGCAAGCUGUGGAGCAGCACAUUAGAGCUCGGGAUAGAGAUCCUGCAACUGGGAAGUUGUAUGCCGAAGUUGAUUUAUUGCGCAACCUUAAUGGGAUCAAUUACUUUGGUCACACUCUUCGGAAAGCGAUCCGGCACGUUAUCAGCCUCAGUCUCGCCGCGCUCCAAUGCUGGGACGACUAUUCUAUCAAAGAAAAAGAGCUCGGGAAGAAGCUACACAUGGAGCGGGAUGAGAUACUGUCCGAAAACCGUUAUGAUGUCAUGGAACCCAUUAUCAAACUCCUCACCCCGGCUAAGUCCAAGACGGCCCCUGAAUACUUCUUUUACGAGAAAAGAGCCGGCAACGUUUUUGGAGAAAGAGGGUACCCACAUGACGCAGACGAUAAGGACCGUUCUGCGGACGAAUUUGUGGAAAAGGCGACGGAGAUUUUCAUCAACCAAAAUGGAAGCCUCCCUUGGAACAAGUGUAAGGUUCACGUCGACAACAGAAGAAACAACGGUGCACAGUUGAGUAUAGUUGCUACCGAAGACAUCAAGGCCAAGGAGAUAAUCUUCGUUGAGGUCCCUCCUAUCAGAGGCCAUCUCAAUCUGCGCAAGCUGUCGAAGGGCCAAAUUGUUCAGCCACGUUUACGAUGUGACAAUUGCCAGAGAGGCCUCCCCGCUGGACACCAGGAGACCUACAGCAAUGGGGUCCAGCAAGGGAAUCUACGCGAAACGUGCCGAUGCAUCUCAAAGCAAAUGCCCAUUGCAUUCUGCCCUGCGCCAAACCAAGAGGAUGAAGCCUGCGCCGAGAAUGCUCGAGCCCGAUAUCACUUUCGAGCAUGCGGAAAGGACUGGGAAUGGCUUCACAACGCCAUGCGGCCAAUUACGGAUGAAUUGAGAGGAACCGAACCCAAGGGAUUAUAUUACACGCAUACAAACGAGGCCCACACAACAUUAUUGAGCCUUCUUCUUCGCGAGGUCUUUGACAUCACACUCCACAGACGCGAACGUGACCCCCAUCUCAUGGCACACGAAAUCGACGAACUUCUUGUGCUCGAAAGCCCUCAGAAUUGGCAAAACCAAAGCUUCCCCUUCACCUUAGCCGGCAACGUGCAAGUCCCUUUUGAUAUUCUCAUGCAGCUCGGCGUCGAUAUCUUUCGCGACCUCGCUUUCGACACUUGGGUAAUCCAGCUCAUUCUGAAAAAGCUUACCGCGCACAUCGUCCCCUGGGAUCCCGAGCUGCGCAAACCAACAGAGAUAAUCAACGAAAAGAAGAUCCCCAAAGGCACCAUCCAAGUGACAUUGUCUGGCGAGGACGAGGACCUAGCCAUACUCGAUCCUACCUUCCACGCACUAUACCUAUACCCAGGCUUCAGUCUCUUCAAUCAUGCAUGUCCUAAAAUUCACAACGCAAUGUGGGGUUACGAUCCUGAGGUUCCCAAUCGCCUGCUCGUGUGGUCAACCAAACCCAUCCAGAAAGGUGAAGAGAUUCGGAUACCAUAUAUCCACCCCAACGAUCCAAAAGCCACCAAAAUUACUCUGGAGCGAGUACUCGGGCGGCCUUGCGAUUGUGGAGGGCCACACAUCCAUGAGAGGCGGCCUAAAGCGGCUGCGAUAUGA